UCUUCCAUCCCUCCUAAUUUUCCUUUUCUUAAUUCUACUCCAGUAGAGACCGAGUGUAGAUAAAUAUAAGGGAAGUAAAAAAUUGUAAGCUGAGCCUGGUCACAUUGCCCUUUGUGAUAUAGCUUUAUUUUUAACUUCGAAACACUUGAACUAUUUCAGUUGAAGUUUUCUCUCUGUUCCUUGUCUCCUGAGCAUAACUCUGUUCUCAGCUGCAGCUGAUGUCCCCAAGUCAUCUCCUGCAGUUUGCUAGUUCACAAUCAAGAGGAACAGGUGCAGCCCAUGCAGACUCAACCCAUGCCACUAAGAUCUGUUGAAUCUAAGAUGCACCCACAAAAUGGAAGUAAUAUUUUACAAGUUGAAAAGUUUAUCCAAGGAUAUGCACACAAACCAAGUAUUACAACAAACUUAAAAGUUGUACAACCAGACAGACAACUGUAAAAUGACUGCUCAUGUAUGAAAUAUCAAAAGCUUUAAAAUACAUACUGAAAAAGAAGAAAGUAGGAAGCUAUGGGCAGGGCCCAAAAGCCUGCACCUGGGCAGCACAAGCAUUGUGAGAGAUGCUUCAACCGUCACUGCCACAUUCCUGUGGAGCCUGAUGUCUCCUGCCUGGUGAUAAACUGCCACCUGCUCUGUGGUGCUACCUUCCACAUGUGCAAAGAAGCAGAACAUGAACUCCUCUGCCCUUUAGAGCAGGUUCCAUGCCUCAAUUCUGAAUAUGGCUGCCCUGUUUCCAUGUCCCGCCACAAGCUGGCCAAGCACCUACAGGUAUGCCCUGCCAGCGUGGUCUGUUGCUCCAUGGAGUGGAAUCGCUGGCCAAAUGUGGAUUCUGAAACAACCCUUCAUAAGAACAUCAUGAAAGAGAACCCCACUGAGGAAUGCUUGGACAUGGCCCUGGCCCUCCAGGACCAGAAGGUUCUCUUCAAUUCUUUGAACAUGGUAGAACUUUUCCCAGAAACUAGAGAGCCCAGUGAACAAGAACCAAUUAUGAAUGGUGAAGCCAGUUGGGGGGAAAUGGAAGGAGCAGUGGGUGGAGUUUCAAGUUUGGUACCACACGACUCUCUGUCUGCAACUAAUGGAGAGAUAGCAGAGCUGAGUCAAGAAGAGCGAGAGGCAUUAGCCAAAACAAAAGAAGGGAUGGACCUGCUCAAGUUUGACAAGUGGGAGAAUAUAUUCAGCAAAGAGCAUGCAGCCUCUGCUUUAACAAAUUCAUCAGCUAGCUGUGAGGGCAAAAACAGCAAUGGUUGUGGGGAAGAGCAGAUUUCCAGUAGCAAUAACAUGAUAGAUGCAGGUACUGCAAAAGGGACACAACCACAGGAAAACCAGAAGCAAAGGGACUUUCAUGCAGCUGUGGAAACAACAGGGCUUGCUCCUUGGCAAGAUGGUGUUCUGGAAAGACUGAAAACAGCCGUGGAUGCAAAGGAUUAUAACAUGUAUCUGGUGCACAAUGGGAGAUUGCUUAUUCACUUUGGUCAGAUGCCUGCUUGUACACCCAAGGAGAGAGACUUUGUUUAUGGCAACCUUGAGGCUCAGGAAGUGAAGACUGUUUAUACCUUCAAAGUUCCCGUGAGCUACUGUGGAAAGCGGGCUCGAGUUGGAGAUGCCAUGCUGAGCUGUAGGCCAAGUGAACACAAGGCAGUAGAUACUUCAGACUUAGGGGUACCUGUGGAAGACUUGCCAAAAUCAGAUCUCAUCAAAACCACCCUCUUAUGUGCUUUGGAAAGAGAACUCAAAGGCCAUGUCAUCUCUGAAUCCAGAAGCAUUGAUGGACUAUUCAUGGAUUUUGCUACACAGACAUAUAGUUUUGAGCCAGAACAGUUUUCCUCUGGGACGGUGCUGGCUGACCUCCUAAGCACUGCUACGGAACGGGGCCUCCACGUGGAGCUCCGCAGUGAGUGUGUGACCAGGAGACAUAACAAGAGCAGCUCUGCCUUCACUUUCACUUGCAACAAAUUUUUCAGGAGGGAUGAAUUCCCUCUUCAUUUCAAGAAUGUCCACACAGAUAUUCAGUCAUGUCUUGAUGGUUGGUUCCAGCAUCGAUGCCCCCUGGCCUACUUGGGAUGCACAUUUAUUCAAAAUCAUUUCCGUCCCCCAGGGCAAAAGUCAAAACUGAUCUAUAGUCAGGAGCUCCAGACCUUUGCCAUCAAGCCAGAUGUUGCCUCAGAACUGAGUGAGGGAAGGAAGAACAACCACCUCUCUGGCCAUGGAGGGAAAAGUGAGAAUUCUCUAACAAGCCUGCCCCUGGAGGUUUUGCAGUACAUUGCUGGGUUCCUGGACAGCAUCAGCUUGUCCCAGCUCUCCCAGGUGUCCAUACUGAUGAGGAAUAUCUGUGCCACUUUGUUGCAAGAGAGAGGAAUGGUUCUCCUGCAGUGGAAGAAAAGGUAUUCCCAUGGAGGUACCUCUUGGAGAGUGCAUAGAGAGAUCUGGCAAUUCAGCAGCCUCUUCUCAAAAAUCAAGAGCUGGGAGUAUAAUGAAGUUGCCUCCAUGUCUGAGCACCUGAAAACCUGUCCUUUCAACAUUGUAGAGCACAAGAUGGACCCAGUUCUUUUGACUAGCAUGUAUCAGCCCCAUGAGCAGGCCCAAGAGAGCCUGGUAGGCACCUUCAGAGCCAGACCUCAAGGAAGAUGUACCUACUAAAGUUUUAGAAGUUACCUUUCUUGGAAUUUUCCUCAGAGUUACUGGAAGUAGGAUAGAACUGUCUUGAGGACUUACCUCUGUAAACAGCUCUAAAUGAUGUUGUACCCAUGACAGUAAGUCAGGAUAUGUCUUUUUUUUUUUUUUUUUUGUAUAGCAAAUGGUUGUAAUUUCAUGCAGAUCUCCUUUGUUUACAAGUAGAUUUUAGAUGUGAUUUUAAGAUAGAAACUAUAAAGAACUGAUGUGUUUGACGUGGUUUCCUAUCCUGGGGUUAUAUGAAAACAAACAAACAAAAAAACCAUUCAACAAUCUCCAGGUGUAGCUGAAGCCAGGAAUGUUAUUUGAAAUGUGUUUAUAUAGCUUUUAUAUUGAUGCUAUUUUUCCUGUAGUCCUAAAAGUCCCAGAGCAAGUAACAAAUAAAGGGGGAAGGGAAGAGGGGAGGGAGCCAUUGUAGGGAAGCAUAUAACAAAGAAUUUAGCAACAACAACAACAAAAAGUUGCAAAUAGAAAUGUGAAUGCUUAUUAUUGCCUGGGUCAUGUAUAUGAACAUGGUCUGGAGUUACAGUAGGUGAAGUAGACAACAUCUCUGAGAAGAGUCAAGAAAGCACUAGGAUAAGCCCCAGGCAGAAAUAGUAUCAUAUUUUCAUUAUAAUUAUAAUAAUGCUGUUUGGUACUAUUUGGCAAUGUAAUUCUAUAUUUGCUAACCCUCGUUUGUUUUAUAGUUUACAUUUGUAUAUAAGGCUUUUUUUUUUCUAACAACACAGCUAGAGUGUGAGCUAAGAUUUUAUUCAGUGAAGAUGAGUAGCUGAAAACCACCACAGAAGUAGGAAAAAAAGAAGUUUUUUCAAAUUCCAUUUCCAGGUGUUUUGAAUCUAAUCCUUCUAUAUGGAGAACAAAGCUCCUUUAGUCCAGUCUGGGUUCCUUAUUUUAUUAGAAAAAGACAGAAAGGGGACAUAAAAACCAAGAGAGAACAAAGUCUGUGUGAGAUUGUUAGAAGGAUGAGUCAUUCAAAUUAGCAAGAGAGCAGGAAAUAACUCCUUCAGAAUCUGAUUGGUUGGGGACAUCUAGGGGUCAAGAAAGUUGUUGAAAGAGUGUUCACACUGCUUGAUGGACUGUAAAUUUCCAGGUGCACUUUACAUUUCCAGGUCAACAUCAUUAAAUGCAUUUUUAAAAAUUGCUAGUCAGGCUUUCACUGGUCUGUUGACAACAAAUGCAUUUUUAUGGUGAGAGGCAACUGGGGUAAAGUUGAAGCCUUGACUUCUAGAGAGUUAAUGAAUUAGAUCAAAGAUGGUUUGAUUAGUGAAAUGAGGUUGCAGUGAGCAGCAUGCACAGCAGGCAUUAUUUGAUGGAGCAAGACAACUAGAUAUGACUUUAAGAAGCAACAAAGGAGCAUGAAAGCAUUGUGUGUCCAGGCAUAGAAAUCUUGGUGAGAUGUAUCUGAGGUGAGGUCUGAUAAGUACCAUUGCCAAGAAAGUCAGUCCAGACUAGAAAUCAGUCAAAUGUAGAUGGCAAGGUUUGUAGAAACUGAGGCAUCAGCUUAAUUUGAACUAAGAUUGUAAAUUUUAUCUUAGAAUAAAGGGGAAAGUAAAAAAGUAUAUAGACACAACAGGAAAACCAGUGUAAAGUCUGAUUUAUGUGUGGUGUCAAAUAAAAUGGAAGUGUGUAUCUAUGAUGACUAAUUAUAUACUAAUUAUAUAUGGUAAUAUUUCUGAGUAGAAAUAAAAGCUGCUUUGUACUCUGAAA